UCUCCCCGACUCUCCCUUAAUCUUCAUCCCGGCCCCAGAGGUUGUGUGGCACUGCCCCCCCCCCAUUUCAGGGGGGCUGUGGUUGAAUCCGUACCGUAUCACGUGGUCCCCAGAUUCGCGCCAGUUUCAGAUCCUGGGUCCGCCAUGGACUAUCACAAGGAGAGGGAGAAGUGCAGCAAGUUCCUCUUGGAAUUCUACACUGACACUGGACUCGGCAAGAAGCAUUUCAAAUAUGCAGACCAGUUGGUGCAGAUCGCUCACCGUGAGCAAAUAGCGCUCUAUGUCGACCUGGACGAUGUGGCGGAGGAGGAUCCAGAGCUGGUGGACUCGAUUUGCGAGAACACGCGCCGCUACGUCAGCCUCUUUGCCGAUGCCGUUCAGGAGUUGCUGCCGCGUUAUAAACAGCGGGAGGUGGCGAACAAGGAUGCACUGGACGUUUACAUCGAACAUCGGCUGAUGAUGGAGCAGCGGACCCGCGAUCCUGGUGAGGUCCGCGAUGCUCAGAACCAGUACCCGCAGGAGCUGCUGCGCCGAUUCGAGGUUUACUUCAAACCCCCCAGUGCUGUGAAGCCGAAGGUGAUCCGGGAUGUCAAGGCAGAAAGCAUCGGCAAGCUGGUGACCGUCCGAGGCAUCGUGACCCGAACGACCGAGGUCAAGCCCAUGAUGGUGGUGGCUACUUACACGUGCGAUCAGUGUGGAGCAGAAACCUACCAACCAAUCCAGUCUCCAACCUUCAUGCCUCUGAUCAUGUGUCCGAGCCGCGAGUGUCAAACCAACAAAUCAGGAGGGCGGCUGUACCUGCAGUCGAGGGGGUCAAAGUUCAUCAAGUUCCAGGAGAUCAAAGUUCAGGAACAUAGUGACCAGGUGCCAGUGGGGAACAUUCCCCGCAGCAUGACAGUGUACAGCCGAGGGGAGAACACAAGACUGGCGCAGCCUGGAGACCAUGUCACCAUCACUGGCAUCUUCCUCCCCCUGAUGAGGACGGGCUUCAGGCAGGUGGUUCAGGGUCUGCUCUCGGAAACAUACCUGGAGGCUCACAGGAUCUCUCAGAUGAACAAGAGCGAAGAUGACGAGCUGGGGCCACAGGAGCUGAGCGAGGAAGAGCUGAGGCAGAUCACUGAAGAGGAUUUCUACGAGAAGCUCGCAGCCUCAAUUGCGCCUGAAAUCUACGGGCACGAAGAUGUGAAGAAGGCUCUGCUGUUGCUCUUGGUUGGAGGGGUCGAUCAGUCUCCCAAAGGAAUGAAGAUCAGAGGAAAUAUUAAUAUUUGUCUGAUGGGUGAUCCCGGUGUGGCCAAAUCACAGCUGCUGUGUUACAUCGACCGACUUGCGCCAAGGAGUCAGUAUACCACAGGUCGUGGGUCUUCAGGCGUGGGUCUGACUGCUGCAGUGAUGAAGGACCCAGUUACUGGGGAGAUGAUCCUGGAGGGUGGAGCCCUAGUGCUGGCCGACCAAGGCAUCUGCUGCAUCGACGAGUUUGACAAGAUGAUGGACUCUGACCGGACUGCCAUUCACGAGGUUAUGGAGCAGCAGACCAUCUCCAUCGCUAAGGCUGGCAUCAUGACCACACUGAACGCUCGCUGCUCGAUCCUGGCGGCUGCCAACCCUGCUUACGGCCGUUACAAUCCCAAGAAAACCGUGGAGCAGAACAUCCAGCUCCCAGCCGCACUGUUAUCCAGAUUUGACCUGCUGUGGCUCAUUCAGGACAAACCUGACCGGGACAAUGACCUGAGGCUGGCUCAGCACAUCACCUACGUCCACCAACACAGCAAGCAGCCUCCCUCACAGUUCCAGCCGCUGGAUAUGAAGCUGAUGAGGCGCUACAUAACGCUGUGCAAGAAGAAGCAGCCGAUGAUCCCCGAGUCCCUGGCAGAUUACAUUACCGCUGCUUACGUGGAGAUGAGGAAGGAGUCGAGAGUCAACAAGGACAUGACAUUCACCUCUGCCCGGACCCUGCUGUCCGUCCUGCGUCUGUCCACUGCUCUGGCACGGCUCCGUCUUGUCGACACAGUCGAGAAGGAAGAUGUGAAUGAAGCGAUGAGACUGAUGGAGAUGUCCAAGGAUUCUCUGCUUGGAGACAAGAGUCAAACCAACAGGGCACAGCGGCCUGCAGAUGUGAUCUACGCCAUUAUCCGGGAGAUGAUUUCUGAUUCGACGGUGCGGGUGGUUAAAUACUCUGAGGCCGAGCAGCGGUGCGUUUCGAAGGGGUUCACCCCGGCCCAAGUCGAGGCUGCCCUGGAGGAGUACGAGGAGCUGAAUGUCUGGCAGGUGAACCAGGCCCGGACCAAGAUCACCUUCGUGUGAGGGGGACCCCUGGGCAGCGACUGUUGCAGGCCAUUGAUCAGACUGGGAUCGGCUCCACAUGGUUUGCUGGCUUCUGUAAUGCUCGUUCCGACCAACACCUAGCACCUAGCACCUCACUCCCUUCACCCUGCCCAGUUCAUUCAACGACCUUCCUGCCUUCCUCCUCUGUGCUGUGACCUUUAUUCAUAGACCAGUCACGUUGGUGCCAGUUUUAACCCCAACCCUUCGAAUCGUUGACGCUCAGUCUGUCACCUCCACCUCCAACUCCCACUCGUGUCUGUUUUUAAUGUGUGGUAAGCUCCUGAACUCGCGCUCUGUGCAGGAGCUGAGUUAGAGAUGGGAACUGUUCAAUAAAGUCAGUUUGUACGAUU